AUGCAUACUCAAAUUGCAACCAUGUCGUACCGAAACCUACCGCAUCUUCUCGAAGCUAUUGCUUCGCGGGAACCUUCACGCUACAUUAUCACAUAUCAUCUUGGAAACACACAUACGCCAGUGGUAUAUUCAUACUCCGACCUCUUACGUUUAGCAAAAAAGGCCGCGGGAGCUCUUCGUUCAAUAUACCAUGUCAUCCCUGGAUCGGUUGUUCUUCUACACUUUAACAACCAUUGGGAUUCAAUUCUGUGGUUCUGGGCUACUCUCAUGGCAGGCUGUAUUCCAGCUAUGUCGACUCCGUUCUCCAAUAACCCUGAGACACGACUACGCCAUUUAGAGCAUCUGUCGGCCACUCUAAAGAACCCGAAAUGCUUGACCACGGCUUCUCUGGUUGCAGAGUUUGCUGGCCAAGAAUGCAUUACACCGAUCUGCGUGCAAUCGCAUGAUUACGAAAACUCGGUACCUUUACCGGCCGAUGGGCCCAAUGGCGACGACAUUGCAGCACUGAUGUUUACGUCUGGAAGCUCAGGCCACUGCAAGGUUGUGCCAUUGACCCACGAGCAUAUAUUGGCCUCAAUCUCGGGAAAGACAAGAGCCUUUCCGCUGCCAGAGAACACGUCGCAGCUGAAUUGGAUCGGCAUGGAUCAUGUCGCCUCUCUGGUAGAGGUUCAUGUCUUUGGUAUCUACAAUCAUCGUGACCAGGUCCAUGUCCCAGCAGCCGAAAUCUUGUCCCACGUUACUCUGUUCCUCGACUUGAUUCAUCGCCACCGUGUCUCUAAGACAUUUGCGCCUAACUUCUUCCUCGCGAAACUGUGCGCCGCACUCAGCGCGGAUGAUGCCUUGGCCGCCAAGUAUACUGGGAAUCUCAGCAGCCUGCGGUAUAUCGCCUCUGGUGGUGAGGGGAACGUUACCCAGACCUGCCAUCACCUGGCCCAGAUACUGGAGCAGUAUGGAGUUGUCUCGGACGUAAUUAGGCCAGGAUUCGGCAUGACGGAGACUUGUGCAGGCGCCAUCUACAAUACCUCCUUUCCGCAAUACGAUGUCGACCACGGACGUCCUUUCGCUUCCGUGGGCACCUGCAUUCCAGGCAUCCAAAUGCGAAUUACCGGAAGUAAUGGAGAAAGCAACAGUCUUCCUGCAGGUACAAUAGGCAAUCUCGAGAUCUGCGGCCCGGUGGUCUUCAAGGGAUAUUUCAACAAUCCCGCUGCGACCAAGUCCUCAUUCACCAGCGACGGUUGGUUCAAAACCGGCGAUCGAGGCUUCAUUGACGACAAUGGAAUGCUGGCACUUGUUGGAUGCGAGAAGGAUAGCAUCAUUGUGAAUGGGGUCAACUACAGUCCAUACGAUAUCGAGUCCGCCGUCAACGAAGCAAAGAUCCCCGGCCUUGUGUCUGGGUUCACUUGCUGUUUCUCCAUCUUCCUGCCCAGCGCAGACACGGAGGAGGUCAUCAUUAUCUACCUCCCGAAUUACUUACCAGAGGACACAAUCACACGCUCUGAAACCGCGGCCGCGAUCAGAAAAGUGGCCAUGAUGACCGUCGGCGCGCGUGCCACGAUUCUCCCGCUCGACCGGGCAAUGCUCGAUAAAUCGACUUUGGGGAAGCUCUCCCGCGGCAAGAUCAAGGCUGCGUACGAACGAGGAGACUACAAGACUUACCAAGAGGUGAACGAGGAGAUGAUGACUCUACACCACAAAGCAUCACGUCAUCAGCCACGAUCGGAUCUCGAACAGAGCCUGGUAUCCGUCUUCACCAGCACGAUACCCGAGAACCUCACCGAGGACUUUGACGUGUUGACGUCAAUAUUCGAUCUGGGAAUCACAUCCAUCGAGCUCCUCAGGCUGAAAAGAGGUAUCGAAGAUCACCUAGGUCAUGGAGAGAUUCCUCUCAUCACUCUUAUGACAAACCCCACAAUCCGGGCACUGUCAGACGCACUGGAGCAGCAGUACUCCCAACACAGCAACUGCGACAUGUACGACCCUGUGGUGAUACUGCAGAGGCAAGGCGAAAAGCCACCCCUCUGGCUCGUCCACCCAGUCGGCGGAGACGUCAUGAUAUUCAUGAGCCUAGCGAAAUUCAUCGUCGAUCGACCCGUGUACGGGCUGCGAGCACGCGGGUUCAACGCCGGCGAGGAGCCAUUCCACACGUUCGAUGAAAUCGUCAGCACAUAUCAUACGAGCAUCAAGGAAAAGCAACCGAGUGGCCCGUACGCAAUUGUCGGUUACUCCUACGGCGCGAAACUUGCAUUCGAGAUUACGAAGGCCCUAGAGCACAACGGAGACGAGGUGCGCUUCCUCGGUUUGUUGGAUCUUCCACCUAUUCUGAAGGGCACGCACAUGCGUGCAGUCGCCUGGAAGCAAAUGCUGCUCCAUAUAUGCUCUACGGUUGGGCUGAUUCGGAAGGAACGCGUCGAAGAUAUAUCCUCGACGCUGGAAGAGGAUAAUAUCUCUCCCAGUCAUGCGGUAGAAAUGGUUCUGGGUGAGGCUGAUGUCACGCUGUUGAGGGAACUAGGGUUGACAGCGUCCACUUUGGAGAGAUGGGUUACCUUAACAAAUGCUCUGCAGGAUUGUAUGGUCGAUCAUGAGACGAGUGGCUCUGUUGCAGCCAUUGACGCGUUUUAUUGUGAUCCAACUGCUACGACGGCGAUAUCGAACGAGGAAUGGGCACACGACUAUAUCGAGAAGUGGAGUGAGCAUACGCGGUCACCACCGAGGUUUUAUCACGUUGAUGGGACGCAUUACACCAUGCUGGAUGCAGAACACAUCUUUUCGUUCCAGAAGAGAUUGCGGGGGGCGUUGAAUGAUCGGGGGAUCUAA